AUGGACGGGAAUGAAGUGACUGAAAAUACCGAAUUGAAAAUUGAUGGUUUUGAGGAGAAUGAAUAUAGUGAGCGUGCUCUUGGAAAAAAAAAUAUGAGGAAAGAUCUUAAACCUUUGUUGAUCGAGCAACCAGAAGGGCCAUCUUUCACGGUCAUAAGAAUGAUGUUUUUUGGCAGAAAUGGAGAUUCACCGUGGGAUGGAAUGCAAGGGAAGGCGCAGUUCUACAUAAUGUUGUUUAUGAUGGUGUUCCAUUAUUCUAUCGUGUUGCCUUAA